AUGAAAAAUCUCCGAGGACUUCUUUUGGUAUUCCUAAUUUUGUCUUUUGGCAUCUCCGAUUUUCCUCAAGCACAAGAUCAGCAAGGAUUCAUCAAUUUGGAUUGCGGAUUACAAGCCAACGAGUCUCCUUAUACCGAACCAAUUACAAAGUUAACAUUCACAUCCGACGCCGACUUCAUCAAAACCGGAAAAAGCGGCAAGAUUCAGAAUGUUCCAGGUUUGGACUAUAUAAAGCCAUACACGGUUUUGAGAUACUUUCCGUACGGAGUACGUAACUGCUAUACUCUUAGCGUCAUACAAGACACAAACUAUCUGAUAGUAGCCAUGUUCACUUAUGGGAACUACGAUGAUCUUAACACACACCCAAAGUUCGACCUUCAUCUCGGUCCAAAUCUAUGGACCACGGUCGAUUUGCAACGAAAAGUAAACGGUACAAGAGCCGAAAUAAUCCACAAACCGAGAUCAACUUCUUUGCAGGUUUGUCUUGUUAAGACGGGAACAACUACGCCGCUAAUAUCAGCUUUAGAGCUCCGACCACUGAGAAACGAUACUUAUGUUCCUCAGUCUGGUUCUUUGAAGAAAUUGUUCCGCGUCUAUUUGACCGAUUCAAAAGACACAAUCCGGUAUCCAGAAGAUGUCCACGACCGUCUAUGGAGUCCAUUCUUCAUGCCGGAAUGGAAACUGUUAAGGACAAGCCUUCUCUCGGUCAACGCUUCUGAUAACGAAUAUGCCAUACCGGGAGACGUGUUGGUUACGGCAGCUACUCCUGCAAAUGUUAGUUCACCAUUGACUAUUUCUUGGAAUGUGGAAACACCUGACGACUUAGUUUAUGCAUACCUCCACGUCACCGAGAUCCAAUCCUUAAAAGGAAAUGAUAGCAGGGAAUUCAACAUUAGAGCAGGCCAAAAUGUUAGUUACGGACCAGUUAGUCCUGAGGAGUCGGAAGUGUAUAAUCUAUUCAACACAUCACCUGUUAAGUGCGAAGGAUGGAUAUGCAAUUUGCAACUGAUAAGAACUCCAAAUUCAACUCUUCCUCCUCUCCUAAAUGCUCUUGAGGCUUUCAUAACAGUUGAGUUUCCGCAGACUGAAACUCAUGCAAACGACGUUGUUGCUAUCAAGAGUAUAGAAACAAGCUAUGGAUUAAGUAGAAGUAGUUGGCAAGGAGAUCCAUGUGUUCCUCAGCAAUUCUUGUGGGAUGGUCUUACAUGCGAGUACACCAAUAUAUGUCUACACCACCAAGAAUCCAUUCCUUGUACGUGUGAUGGUCAUUCAGACUUGUCCUCAAGUGAAUUAACUGGACUUAUAGUUCCUGAGAUCCAAAAUCUUACCCAGCUUAAAAAACUGGACUUGUCAAAUAAUAAUUUGACCGGAGGAGUACCUGAAUUUCUAGCCAAAAUGAAAUCACUGUUAGACAUAAACUUAAGCGGAAACAAUCUUAGUGGUUCAGUCCCUCAAGCUCUUCUUGAUAAAAUGAAACAAGGCCUGAAGUUGAACAUUCAAGGAAAUCAGAACCUCUGUUCUUCCAGUUCAUGCCACAAAAGGAAAAGUAGCAUCAUGUUACCAGUUAUAGUAGCAUCACUCGUUUCUUUGGCUGCAAUAAUAGCAGGGGUCACUCUUCUUCUUGUUUGUAAAAAGAGACGCACAUCAAGAGGAAAAGUUCUAGGUCCAUCAAUAGAGACAAAAAGAAGAAGAUUUACAUACGCCGAAGUUCUUGCGAUGACAAAUAACAAUGAGAGAGUUCUUGGUAAAGGAGGAUUUGGGAUGGUCUACCAUGGUUAUAUAAAUGGUACCGAACAAGUCGCGGUUAAGCUACUCUCUCCCUCAUCAUCUCAAGGCUAUAAAGAGUUCAAAACAGAGGUAGAACUUCUUCUAAGGGUUUACCACACUUAUCUGGUAAGUCUUGUUGGGUAUUGUGAUGAAAAGGACCAUUUGGCCCUCAUCUACCAGUACAUGUCCAAUGGUGAUUUGAAACAACAUUUGUCAGGUAACUCCGUGAUGAGCUGGGUAGAUAGAUUAAACAUAGCUACCGAUGCUGCACUAGGGUUGGAGUACUUGCAUAUUGGCUGCAAACCGUUAAUUGUUCAUAGAGAUGUAAAAAGUUCCAACAUACUAUUGGACGAUCAAUUCCAUGCAAAGCUUGCUGAUUUUGGACUCUCUAGAUCUUUCCCUAUAGGAGAUGAAAGUCAUGUGUCUACACUUGUAGCUGGCACAUUUGGAUAUCUUGAUCAUGAAUAUUACCGAACAAACAGGUUGUCAGAGAAGAGUGAUGUCUACAGUUUUGGCGUUGUGCUAUUAGAAAUUAUCACAAACAAACCGGUGAUCGAUCAUACCCGCGACAUGCCUCACAUAGCAGAAUGGGUGAAGUUUAUGCUAACUAGAGGAGACAUUAACAAUAUUAUGGAUCAGAAACUCCAAAUGGUAUAUGACUCUGGCUCUGCAUGGAAAGCUCUUGAAUUAGCUAUGACAUGUGUGAAUCCUUCUUCUUUAGAAAGACCCAACAUGCCACAUGUAGUUCAUGAGUUAAAAGAGUGUCUCAUAUAUGAAAACAAGAGGGCAGGAGACAUAGACACAACAAGAUCCAUCGACAUUAAUUUAAGCUCUGGUACUGAUGUGAACCCCAAGGCACGUUAG